AGUGAGAAUCUAACAUUAAAGGAAAUAAAUGCAUCGUGAAAACCUUGUAGUGCGCAUGACGCACCUGCGUUUACUGAAGAAAAGUUUGGAUGGCUCGUGCAGAAGCGAAACUGCGGAAGAGGCGACAGAGGUGCAGACAUGAGUUAUUUCUGCGAUGAGAGCCGAUGAAGGGAGACCCGUCGUUGUUUAUUUCACCUUCCUGUGCUGUUUCUGAUCAUUAUUUUAAUGCUGUUCAGAGAGGAUGAGGGGCUUUUUACUUCGAUGUGUUCUUCUAUGGGCGAUGUUGCAGCGUAGCAAAACGCAAAGUGCUGUACCUGCCACAGCUUUAAACUGCUGUGAAGGCGAUGUCCUCCUUCUCCUGGACUCUUCAGGAAGUGUUGCAAACCGAGAGUUCUCGCGCUUGUUGCACUUCGCCACCAUUCUCCUUCGCCCCUUCUCAUUGGGUCGUGGGCACGUAAGGGUCGGGCUGCUGCAGGUGGGCACAAACCCCAACCUGGAGUUUGGCCUGGACGUCCACAACAACCAGGAAAGUCUGCAGAAAGCUCUGCAGAGUGUCAGCCAGCUGCAGGGAGACACAAACACCAAGGCGGCGCUCAGGGUGGCCCAGGGGCUUCUGACAGAGACAGACGAGAACAUGCCGAAGGUGCUGCUGUGGCUGACUGAUGGUGUGGAGCCCGGAGACGUAGGGGGGGCGAUGGCCGAGCUGAAGGCGCAGGGAGUGUCAGUGUUAGCUGUGUCUACAGUACAUGGAAACUACCAGGUGUUACAGCGUGCCGUGACACCUCCACUGGAGUCUCACCUCUACUCAGUGGACAUCGAUGACAUCGACAUCAUCACAGAAGACCUGAGGGAGGCCAUUAUUAAAAUUAUUCGUGCAGAACGGCUGCGUGUGGUUGACCUGACUUCCCACAGUGCCGUGCUGCAGUGGCGUCCUGUUCUGAAAGUAGACAGCGGUUACUAUGAGAUCUCAUACAACUCUUUGGGGAAAGCAGGCCCUGAAACUAAACGCACUCUCUCAGGCAACUCCAGCUGGGUGGAGCUGACCAACCUGCAGCCUGACACCACCUACACUGCUGCCCUGCACCCGGAGUCCAACCAGAGGCUGUUCAACACACUCUCUGUUAACUUCACCACACUUCCUGAUGUUUUAGGCCCGACAGAGGUUUCUGUGUCAGACUCUGGCUUUCGUCAGAUCCGUGUGAGCUGGGGUCCCCUGCAGCCUGCUGGAGUUCAGAGAUAUACGGUGGAGUAUGGAGCUUUUCCAAGCGGAGAGGUCCUCACCGUGACAUUACCCAGCCAGCAGAACUCUACUUUACUGACCGGCCUGCAGCCAGGCACUCAGUACCUCGUCACAGUCAGUGCUCUGCAUAGGAAUGGAAAAGAAAGAGCAAUGUCUGUUAGAGCAUGCACUCAAGAGGCAGCUCUGCCAGCCCUAAGCGACCUUCACUUGAUCCCAGUGGAGCAUCAGGAGGUGCAGGUAGCGUGGCAGGCCAAUCAAGAAGGUUUAAAAGGCUACUGGCUGAGCUGGGAGAGACAAAAACCCCACACCUACACCUCUAAGCCCUCCAUCUCCUCCCUCUACCUGCCUGCUUCUUCUCGUUCAACGCGCCUCAAGCACCUCGCACCGAACAGUCGAGUGUGUGUGUCUCCGGUCUACAGCUCGGGCCGAGGAGAAGGGUUAUGCUGCACUGCAGAGAGCCACACAGAUUGGCUGAGCUGAAUAUUAUUAUCUGAAAUGUUCUUCUUAAUUCCUGCAUAAUGUCCAUACUUGUCAGGGUUGGUCCAUUAGAGCCAGUAUAAUUUCCCAUUUGCCUGUCUCUCUUCCCUGAUAGAUUCCAGCCAGCAGGGUUAACAAUCACAGUCUGCAGCAAUCAAGCAGCUGGAGCAAAAAAGUGGGUGAGAUUUGAGCAUUUUGAGCGCUGGAUGCUCUAGUCUAGAUAACUAAUGCAAGACUGAGUAUCAUUAUGAUUAUUAUUGUACUUAGUUCAAAUGUUCACCUUGAAAUUAAUUAUAGUGACAGACAAGUCUUUAUUACAUAGCUACAGACCACUGUCACACAAUGGCUGAAAAAAAAUCUUGCAUAAUUAUACAUUUUAAUCCUCAACGUUGCAGGAAUGCCGCCCACCAUACACACACAUUUGCUUGACAUAUCAGUUAGUCAAGAAUAUGAACAGCUGCAAGACUACGCAGGUAGGCAGCAAUCAUUGUGUAAGUACAAAUAAUUGUGUAAGCAGCUAUUGUUAUUGAAAACAUAAAUAAAGGUCUGCACACUAUAGCUCCCUUAACAGCAGCUUAUGAGCCCAUCCACAGGGGACAUUUAGUGCAAAUGCGUUUCUUUAGAAUAGACCUUUAUUUCUGUAUUCAUUGCCGUCUUCUAUUAGUCCAGCGCCUACCUUUAACAGUGCAUUCGUAGACUUGAUUUGGAAAAUCUGUAUUUAUUGUUCUUAUUAUUAGUAGGUCAGCCUAAUACUUACUGUUACAUAAGUAAUGUGUAUUGACUUGAAAUUAUCCUUGCAAUUAUUUAAAGUUCUUUAUAUGUAAAACGUCCUUCCCAGUAUUUUCCUUCUGUCAUGUAUUAGAUCAAAAUAACUGGUAUUACCUCUCACUGGUAUUAGAUCCUAAAAGCAUUGAGGAUUCACCCAGCUGACUAUACUCCAUUACAGUUUGAAUGUUGUUUUGGUAAUAAACCCUGACAAAAAAUAAGAUAAAGCGUGAGAAAAUGACGACUUAUUAUUUAGGUACCAUAAACCACAAAUCAUUUGGAGUUGUAGAGCUAGAGUAAAGCUAUAAAAGUCAAACAGAAGGUCCCUGAUACUCUGCGACCUGAGAAGCUGAAGAAGCCGGAUUCAAUUUAAUGAUGUAAUCUUUCAAAUAUGUAAUUAUUGAUUUGCUAUUUUUCAUACUGUAUGAGUCUUAAAUGAACGUAUUCAACAUUAGCCUGCAGCGGAAGAUGGCCAAUUUAGAGGAUUAUCACCUUGCCUGUUAUUGUUUUUCAAUAAGCAUAGCGCUUAGAAUAAUAUAAACGUAGUGUUCAUCUGUGAAAAUGAUCGAAAUCUAUGAAUAUAAAAAAGUGUAUUACAGUAUACAGCAGUGUCAGUGCAAGGUUAUUUCCCCAAAAAAUAACUACAUGCAACAAUCAUUUUGCUGAUGCAUGCUGGAACAUAUUUUUGAAUAAUUUGUAUUAUCUAUGACCACAUUUUGGCUUGUGUGAAUUUCAGUUCAUUAUAUAGAGAUUUAGAAAACUAAAAGAGCACUCAAGCGUUUUGACAUAUUCGUGCUGUGAAUAUAUAUUUUUGUCAUGUUUAGAAUUCAGUUCCAGAUUUGUCUAUUUCAUUGUUUCUCUGGUCAAAUGAAAAGAUAAGAAAAACAUUAUAUUUAUAUUAAAGAGAUUUGCACUGUGA